AGCUCCAGCCCUUCCAUCCAUUAUAAAAGGGCACCAAGUGAUCCAGUUUUGAACCACAGCAUAACCCAAAGAUCCCAAAUUAAGAUGUCUAAAGCUUUCUUGCUUGUGUUUCUCCUUGGAGUGGUGGUUCUUAUGAUCACCACUCCUUCUCUAGCUAAUCAACACCAUGAUAAUGAGCCUUACAAGGGUAAGGGAGGCAAGCCUUUCCCUGGUCAAAAGCCACCAACACAUCCUGGUGAGAAAGGUAAGGGAAAGGAGCCACCAGUACAUGGGGAAAAACCUCCUCACAGACACCUCCUGAGUGAGGAUGUUGAGGACACACACAAACCUCCAAAAACCACAGGCGGUAAACCACCCAAGGGUAAGGGAGAGAAGCCUCCACAAGGACAUGAAUUGCCAAAUGGUAAAGAACCCAAGAAGCCAUUCCCAGGUGACAAACCGCCUAAGGGUGAGGGAAAGGAGCCACCCCAUGACCACAAACCUCCCCACAGACGCCUCCUAGGUGAGGAUGUUGAGGACUCCCGCGAGCCACCAAGAUUUUCCGGUGGUAAACCACCCAAGGGCACGGGAGAGAAGCCUCCACAUGGACAUGAAUUGCCAAAUGGUAAAGAACCCAAGAAGCCAUUCCCAGGUGACAAACCGCCUAAGGGUGAGGGAAAGGAGCCACCCCAUGACCACAAACCUCCUCACAGACGCCUCCUAGGUGAGGAUGUUGAGGACUCGCACAAGCCACCAAUAUUUUCCGGUGGAAAACCACCCAAGGGUAAGGGGGAGACGCCUCCACUUGAGCACAAACCACCCCACAAACGUCACCCAGGACAGGGAACUGAGGCCUCGCGCAAGACACCGAUCAAUAAGUUGAAGCCAAAAGUGCCACCCUAUAAACCACCCCACAAGCCUCCACACGGCAACUAAAUUAAUUAGUACCUAAAAUUAGAAGAUCAUCAGCCUGAUACCGCUAGUUUAUCGCACAAAUAAGAGCUGAUGCUGAGUUGUCUUUCAUUAGUAGUCUCUAGCUAGUUACAUGUACAUCCACGUUGGCCAAGUCCUAUGCUUUAUUUAUUCAUGACUUGGGAGGCCAUAUCUAUGGAGUUAUGCAGAUUGUACUUUGUUGUUACAGAAACUCCUGCGUCAUCUAUGGUUUAUCUGUUGUUUGUAUGAUAUGGAUUUUCUACUUUAUUCACUAUUUUGGGAUAUUCUGAUUUAA